GUGGCAUCAAACCGCCGUCUUUGGUUUACUGGCAAAUCCGAAAAACAAGUAGAGGAUCAGUGGCCAUUAUGGAAGGCACCAGAGGACACAUUUUGGAGCUAAUGGUAAUGGGCAUUUUGCUGGGCGUGGCCAGCCGGGGACACGGGGUCAUCCAAACACCUGACUAUGAUGACACCUCCACGCCUGAGAUCCUAAACCCAUCAUGGAUGUCCACAAUCCCUAACACCUACCCCCUGUCAGACGUGACAAUGCCUGGCACCCACAACACCAUGGCCCUAUACGGCGGAUCGCUCGCCGAGUGCAACUCCUGGCCUCUUGCCCUCCAACUUCGCGCCGGAAUCCGCUUUCUGGAUAUCCGGGUUCGUCACGUUAGAGGCAACCUCACCAUCCACCACGGGAUCUCGUAUCAGUAUGCUCACUUUGGGGAUGUGCUGAGAGACGUGGUGGCCUUCCUGAGGGAGUAUCCGACCGAGACGGUGCUGAUGAGACUGAAAGAGGAGUUAAGUGACACAAGAGAUAUCUACGAGGCAGCUGUGCGCUACAUUCAUGAGUACGCUCACUGGGACCUGCUGUGGCACAGCCGCGAGAUGCCCACCCUGGGUGAGGCACGAGGAAAACUGAUUGUUCUGCAGGAUUUCUCAGGGCCUGACAUGGGGAUGUACUACAACUCGCUGGACAUCGCAGAUCAUUGGAUGGUAUCCUCUUUACAGCCAGAGGAGGUGGAGAAGAAAUGGAGAAGUGUGUACACCCAUCUGGAGGAGGCUGCGGUGGGUAACAAAAAACAUAUGUUCCUCACCUACAGCAGCGGAGCCAGCAUCCUUGCCCAUCCCAACGCUCUGGCCAAGAUCAUAAACCCCCGCCUGCAUGAAUAUCUGAAAGCCUCUGUCGGUCAAAGGAAACGGUUUGGUAUUAUAACAAUCGACUUUCCCGGUGCAAAUUUAGUGCAAACUAUUAUAGGAUUCAAUUAAGAGAAGUAAGCCAAUACCAGUAUGCCUGGAACAACCCAAGAUAUCCAUUAAUUGACACAAAUUCGGGACAUAUCAUAUAUCUGUGACUUAAAAUACCCAUAACUCUCACAAUUUCAAAAAUUGACAGAGAAAAAGUUUGAGCUUGUGUGUGGCAAGUUGUGGAAUAUAUGGCCCUUAAUAAAGCACAAUGAAAAGUUUCAGUGU